AUGAACACAACAUACACAGUUGGCUCAUUGUUUAAAUGUGAAAACAUUGAUACACUGAUGUAUAAAUAUGAACACGAUCCUAUCUGGCGGCAGACAGCUUUGGGUUGCUAUGUCUUGGAAAUAUUGAAAGAGAUGCUACAAUUUAACGUUACAUAUGCACCUAGACCUCCACCUUAUAUCGAUGACUACGAAGUGCCAUCGGCAAACAACUCAAUAGACAUUUACGUUCGACCUAUGAUGUUGAAAAGAGAGUAUUUGGAUGAAGGCUAUCCCAUAAAUUCCAUUUUCCAGUGGAGCUUUGGCUUUCUUCUUCGCUACAAGAGAUCUGAGCUCCAGACUUUCUACACCUUGCCUUUUUCAACUCUCGUUUGGACUUGUCUAAUUUGGACUUUAUUUUUGAGCGCAUCUGUUUUCUAUUUGCUAAGCUAUUGGGAGAAACGGCUGCUUGGUGGAGAAUGUUGUCUUCAUCAUGAAAUUCUAUUGGCGUUUUCUGCUUAUUGUCAACAUAUUCUGCCCCUUCAGGCAAAUCUUUCAUCGCGUCGCAUGGCGUACUUAAUUUUCAUUUUGAGUGCAUACGUCAUACAUUGUUUUUAUACAUCGAACCUGCUCUCUCAUUUAGUGAACGAUAAGGAUAGAAGAUUGAAUUUAGAGGACUUAGCAAAUACCGAUUAUGAGUUUGUGAUAAUUAAAGACAUGAAUCUGAUAACCGAAAAGCAUAUUCAACAAGUGUCUAUAGACAAAUAUCUCAGAACUGUAGAGGAAAAAAUAUAUAAAUCUAAAGUAAUGGAUGUCUACUCCGCCCUUGAAGCAGUGAGGGACACAAAAACUGCCGUACUCACAGAUUAUGUUACAAUUUACCCCGUCGCUAAGAGAUUAUUCGAUAAUCAUGCACAAUGCGAACUUAUAGAAGUGAACCUGUAUUCGAAAGUGAAGAAAUAUAUGUUUACGUCUAAAACAUUCCCGCUAACGGAGCAAUUCAAAGUCAUAACGCUGCGCCUUAAAGAAGCCGGUCUCCUUACAAGGACCUUAAAAUGUGAUCGCUUGAUUAAAUCGUGCAAUAAUAUAGUAAAUCAAGAGCAGGCGGGCCUGUCCCGCAUCUCUACCCCUAUGAUCUUGUUAGCAGGGUCUUAUGUAUUGGCUUUGUUAAUUCUGAUUGGGGAGAAAAUUCAUUUCGAAUUUUGUCAUUUAUGGCCAUAUAUUGAGUGA